GGCUACCCAAGCUCAUUCAGCAAUACAACACCUAAUACUCUGCUCAGACGCAAGUCGAAAUCCCCUUGUCGCCUCUCUUACACUUUACACAGCCGCAAGAACCAGCCCUUCUCUUUGUCAGCCAUGUCUACCGAUACCUAUGCCAAGAUCGCCGCUACCAUGGACGCGUAUAAGCCGGCCUCUGUCGCCCAGACUCUCGAGUGGGAGAAGAAGUAUGUUGCGCGCAACUCGUCGACCAUUGAGGCGGUUGUGUCCAAGGCUCAGGGCGUCCACAUUUGGGACACCGAGGGCAAGCACUACCUUGACUUUGGAUCUGCCUUCGCUGCUGUCAGCCAGGGCCACUGCCACCCAGACAUUGUGCGCGUCCUCUACGAGCAGGCGCAGACCGUGUCCCUGUCGUCGCGUGCCUUUGUGCCCGAGAAGAUGGUCAGCUUUGCAAAGUACAUCACCGAGACCUUUGGCUAUGACCGCGUCCUGCCCAUGAACGCCGGCGCCGAGGCUGUCGAGACCGCGAUAAAGAUGGCGCGCAAGUGGGGAUACCUGAAGAAGAAGAUCCCUGAGAACCAGGCCAUCGUGCUGUCGGCCGCGGGCUGCUACCACGGUAUCACCACCGGCACCAUGUCGGUGACCUCGAACGAUGUGCUGCGCACCAACUUUGGCCCGUACCUGCCUAAUGUUGGCCCCAUUGACCCGGUCACAAAGAAGUACAUCCGCUACAACAACACCGACGACCUCGAGGAGGCCCUCAAGAACAACGGCCCUAACGUCUGCGCCUUCCUCGUCGAGCCGAUCCAGGGCGAAGCCGGUGUAAUCAUCCCCGAUACCGGCUACCUGAAGCGCUGCGCCGAGCUCUGCAAGGAGCACAACGUGCUGUUCAUCUGUGACGAGGUCCAGACCGGCAUUGGCCGCACCGGAACCAUGCUCUACCACUAUCAGGAGAACAUCCGCCCAGACAUCGUCACCCUCGGCAAGGCGCUCGGCGGUGGUGUGUUCCCGGUCUCUGCCGUGCUCGCCGACGAGCACAUCAUGGACGUGUGGGGCCCCGACGAGAACGACUCGACCUGGGGUGGCAACCCGCUUGGCUCGGCCGUCGCCAUGGCGGCCCUUGAGGUUGUCAAGCACGAGAAGCUCGCCGAGCGCGCUGCUGUCCUCGGCAAGCGCUUCCGUGAGGGGCUUUCCAAGAUCCAGUCGCCUGUGGUCAAGGAGAUCCGCGGCCGCGGCCUGCUCAACGCCCUCGAGGUCAACCUGACCCAUGGCCCCCGCACUGCCUGGGACCUCUGCUAUCUGCUGAUGGAGCGCGGUCUGCUGGCCAAGCCCACCCACCAGACCAACAUCCGCCUGUCGCCUGCUCUCACCAUCACCGAGCAGGAGAUCGAUGAGGCCGUCGACAUCAUCGCCCAGGCCAUCGCCGACUUUGAGAAGCGCCCGGCUCCCGCCCAGUAAAUGCACACAAUGGACUCUAUUUUUCACAUAUUUCUAAGCCUGUAACUUCAAGAACUACCUCGUAAAC